AUGGCAUCCCGAGGCGCUUCCACAUCUGGGCGAGGACCAAGAGUUAAGAGACAAAAACCUGACCCGCCUGGCUCUACGCUUUGCUCCCUCGAGUCGCUCGAGGCGUUGAGGCAUCGCUUCGGGAUAUCUGAGGCGGUGGAGUUUGUCGUUCCAGAGAAGAGCGACCGAGCCGACAAGCCUCCAGAGAAUCAUUUUACUCUGUACGAUGCGUUCUUCGAGCUUUGCUUCCUCUGGUUCUCGAUCCCCGGAGUGAUCCUUGAAUAUCUCUGGAAACACGAGAUCUCGAUUGGGCAAAUCAUGCUGAGGGGAUUACGGCAUAUGAUUGGCAUCUUAGUUCGAAGCUUCGAGUGCGGAGUUGACAUCGAGCUGAAUCACCUGCUGAACUUGCUGGAAAUCCGGAAAGCUCCGAAGGGAAAUAGAUACUAUAUUUCCAACACGGCGAAACGACGGAUCAUCGGCGGUUUUCCCAGAAAGGAUCAGUUUUGGACUGAACGUUUCUUCUACGUCUUAGUGAACGAGGCGUCGGUCGGCGAGAAUUACGUCCAAAGAACCAAGACCGCUUGGGGACCACUUGGUAGCCGACCCAAAGCUUUGCCUCGGCUCGGAACUGUUUUUGUGCUAUCUUCCCCCGAUUCCCGACGACCUCUUUACUGUUCGAGACUCUCUUUCGGUGCGGAAGGUGAAUUGGAGAAAGAACUUCACCCUCGAAAGAGUAGAAAAAGCGCGAGCCUCCUUGCCGGAGUCCCCGUCAGUUCUUCGUCCUCAAUUUCUUUGAGAGAUACCCGUGAGAAGAUGGUGGUAAUCGCCCUUAGAGAAAGGAAGAGGCGCGAGGAAGAGAAAGCCGCUAGACGAGCUGCCGAGGCGGCUCACGCGCAAACCGAGGCGGUUCCAGCACAAACCGAGGCGGUUCUGGCGCAAGCCGAGGCGGUCUCAGCGCAGAUCGAGGCCGUCCUUCAACCCGACCCUCCGAGCCGGGAAGGGGAUGUGAUGAUCCGAGCCGCAGAAGGCGACACUGCCGAGGCGGCUGAGAAAGAUGUAGUGCUCGAGGUGGAAACGGGCGAAAUUAUCCCCGAGGUGUCCGGGGACGGCUUGGCGGCACGGAGUAAGACUCCUUCGCAAUCCGCCAUCCUGGCCCUCCCGAAGUCAACGAGGCCACCGACUUCGGUUGUCCAAAAGCAUGACUCUAGCCGAAAACGUUCGGCUACUGACAAGGGGAAAUGCGUCGCCGUUCAGAAGGACGAGCCGUCCAAGAAGAGGCGGAAACCGACGCCCGGGACCCCGCCGCGCGUUCGUUCUCUGCAGUUUGUCGCGGCCAUUAACGACCUGAUGGCCGAGUAUGAGGCAGAUCUGUCUAAGGUCGAGCGUCGUUUGGACGAGGCCCGAAAUGAGACCGCGGCGUCAAAGGUGAAGCUGGAAGAGGUGCCAAACGAAGCCACGACAGCGAAGGGGAAACUCACCGAGGCGAUGACCCGAGUGUCGAGGUUGGAAGAGGAGAAGAUAGUUCUCCGAGCAGGCGUCAACAAAGUUUCCGCCUCGGUGAUUCGCCUGGAGGAAGCAAUGAGAGCCAAAAGCGCCGAGGUGGCGUUGCUUAAAAGGCGUAUCGAGGCCAAGGAUGCGCUGUUCGAAGCCAAGGUCAAACACGCGAAGAAGGAGGCGAGGAGCGAGCUGACUGCGAAGUUUCAGGAACGCCUCGCCAAGGUGGAGGAGGGUUUGGUCAAGCUCGAGAAGGCCAAAAAUGAUGAGAACGAUCUGGGACAGAUCAAGGGCAAUCUUGCGAUGAUUGCCGACCUGAAGAAGCCGGACGCCCUGACGCUUGACGACGAGGAGGCGAAGUUGAAAAGCUGGGAGAGUGAGUAUGCCGACGACGAGGCGUACGAGCGUAUUGCUUCCGAGAUUCGGGGCAAGCUGUAUUACUCUCCAGUAUCGCCGGACUCGGUCGACACCACCCUCGGCAACGAGCCGCUCGAAGAGACAGCGGCCAACUUAGGCGUGGUAGAUCCAAACAGAUCAAACGCGGGCACGCCAGUCCUCUCGAACCUCCUCGCCGAACGUGAGACGCAGUCCGCGGCCUGA